UGUCUUGUUAAGCUUUGACACAGAGUUUCUAGCUGAUAAAUUCAUAUUAGGUUAUAUUUGAUUUACUGCUAUAUUUCUAUGCUGAGGGCCUAUGUUCCGAAAACGCAACGGAGUUUUAGAUGCCAAGGAUUCGGACAUGUUGCAGCAGUGUGUAGAAUUGAGAUCCCGUGAUGUGAUAAAUAUGCAGAUGGGCAUAGUCAGAGGGAGUGUACAGUUGGGGGUAGAGAAAACACUGUGUCUGUACCCAUACAGUUGGGGAUCCGAAGUGCCCUGUGAGACAGGUUGAGAUUGCCAAAAUUCGAGUGGGGCUGAAAGUUUCUAUGCUGAGGCAGUGAAGAGAUUAGAGGAUAGCGCAAGGGUGAGCCGGGAGUCCCCCAGUGAGUAGGCCUGAAGAGAGAGAUCCAGAGAGGAUGUGUUUUAGUAAGGUUGGAUUUAUUGCGUUUAUAGCCAUGGUGAUCAACUGCACUGCACUGAUGCAGCGGAAAUCACAUAAAAUAGAUGUGGUAGUUGCAGCAGCAGAGAAAUAUUUUGGGUGAGAGAUUUUACUCUAGAUCUACAGGGCGUUUUGAGAGGUGGUGCCAUCCUCCCAGGCCGACAGCCUAGUGUAGGAUCGUUUAGAGCCAAAGUAGCGGGAUGGGGUGCUGGGUUUUUGGGGAUAGUGUAUAGGUGCAGGAUUAGAUGGUGGUACAAUUUAGGAUUUUCCCAUUCCCCUUUUCUUUUUGGGACCAACAUUUGCAAUCUGCACUCCAAACUACGAAAGGCAGCAACACAACGUUUAGUCUGCCGGGAAAGCCACACGAAGAAGAAAACGCUUCCUAGUUAACAACAGGAGCAGCAGCAACUUCUAUUGCUAGUCAAAUCGUGAAAAGUAUUAUACAAUUGAUAAAAUGGGCAAGCGAUCUAGUAAGAUGUGAAUGUAUCUAACGUCAGCUUGCUAGCUACAUGAUAAGAAAAUGACACGGCAUGGCUUUAUCCCUUGCAUUACCUACCUAGCAAUAGUGUAACGUUAAUUACAGUAGCUAGCUUAGCUGCUAGCUGACUUAUUGUCGAACAGGUUGGACAACUAACGCUAUGGCUUCUAUCAUGGAACGUGUCCUGUCCAAGCUUAUGAAUAAAAAUGUACUUUUCACUGUGUCGUUUCUCGUACGACUUGUUUUGGUCAGUUUUGGCGUCUAUCAGGACAGAACUAUGGUGGUGAAAUACACUGAUGUUGAUUAUCACGUGUUUACAGAUGCGUCAAAGUUCAUCACGCAGGGCCAGUCUCCAUACCACAGAUCCACCUACCGCUACACCCCUCUACUAGCAUGGAUCCUGACCCCUAACGUCUACCUCAGCCAUGUCUUCGGGAAGCUUCUCUUCAUCACGUGUGACGUGCUCUCAGGCCACCUGAUCUACCUUAUCCUUCGCCAGCGGGGACUUAGCUGCGAGGCUGCCUGCCGUGUCUGCUCCCUGUGGCUACUCAACCCGUUACCGGCCGGUGUGUCCAGCCGAGGCAACGCCGAGUCGGUCCUAACAGCCCUGGUUCUGGCCACACUGCUCUGCCUGGAGCUGAGGCAGCUCCCCAUGGCAGCCAUCUUGUACGGCCUGGCCGUCCACAUGAAAAUUUACCCGGUGACUUAUGCCCUGCCUAUUGCCCUAUCCCUACAGAGAAAGCAGAAUGCGGAGGAGAGGGGAGUGGGGUGGUGGAGGAGAGCUCUUGGGUUUCCCCUCAGGCUAUUGAAUAAGGAGCUGUUUCUGUUUGCCGGUGUGGCCGGAGUGAUGUUCUGUGGAUUGACUGUCCUGUUUUAUAACAUGUACGGCUGGGACUUCCUCCAGGAAACCUACCUGUACCACCUGACGCGGAGGGACAUCCGCCACAACUUCUCCCCUUACUUCUACAUGCUGUACCUGACUGCAGACAGCCCCUGGAGCCUGGCCCUGGGUCUGGCUGCCUUCCUGCCCCAGGCCCUGCUGCUGUUCCUGGUCUCCCUGGCCUUCCACACAGACCUGGCCCUCUGCUGCUUCCUCCACACCGCCAUCUUUGUCUCCUUCAACAAAGUCUGCACUUCCCAGUACUUCCUGUGGUAUCUAUGUCUGUUUCCUCUCGUCCUACCUCGACUGACCCUGUCACCAAAACAAGGAGUAGAACUCUUGGCUCUCUGGUUUGCUGGACAGGGUAUAUGGUUGGCCACUGCGUACUACCUGGAGUUUGAGGGAUACAACACCUUUCUGCUCAUUUGGCUGGCUGGACUGAUGUUCUUGAUCAUUAACUCAUUCAUAAUGGUACAGAUUAUAACCCAUUACAAACCAUCAGACACUACGCAGAGAUUGAAAGUAGAGUGAUAUCCGGACAACUACUUGAACACUUAAUUCUACGCUCCUUGGAUGUAAGGGAUCAAGUGAAGACAUUUCACUAGUAGACAACUUAGUUGCUGAUAAUUGCAAUGCAUUUGUUAUUUUGUCUAUAUGGGAAUUUUGUAUAUAUAAAAACAAAAAUACCUGGCA